GCACGUCCCUAACCACUCUGCUUCUCUGAGUGACUCAUCCUGUUCACAGACGAUCUUUGGAGUGGUCCGCCUCCUCGCUCUACGCUGUGAGAGUGAGAGAUCUGGGUGAGAGACGAUCUUCGGUGCCGGUGCUCUCAGCUGAUUCAGAAACAUCCUCCGGGACCGGAGCCGCUGUUACCGGACACUUCCCCUGGUACCGGACCCUCCACACGGCCGCUGCUGCCUCUCUUGUCCCGGGUUGAGACGCUGUUUGCGGGGGGGGGGAGAAUGUCCUGAUUCACUCAUCGAGCGAUGAAAGGCUCGAGUUCGGAGGGGACCGGACCGGCGGAGGCUCUGUUGACUGCGGGCGGCCGAGCCGCGCUCCUCGGGCCGGACGGAGGAUGGAGCUCGGCCGGGCCCUCGUCCUCUCCCUGCUGGCUGUGACCGUGAGCUGCUCCGGGACCUGCAGACACCGAGUCCCCGCUGCCGACGAGGUCGUCCACCAUGUUUACCUGAAGCCGGAGCGCUUGACCAAGAGAAGCUCUCCUGACGACCUUCAGCUGAAGAUAAAGAUCAUCUACGACUACAGCGUUGACCAGCUUCCUGCAGACAAGAGGAGACUGGUGAAGGAUAAGCUGUUUCCUCAGGCCAUCGACUUCCUGCAGAGGGCGUUCAGUGUGAGGCACAGGGCGGGGCCUGUGCUGCUCAGCAGACAAUGUGCCACCAACCAGUACCUGAGGAAGAGAGAUGACCCUCAUCGCUACUGCCAGGACGCCUGUGCAGACGUCACCCGGUGCGGCCCCGUCCUCGUGCCACAGCACCACCUGCAGCAAUGUAAAGUGUGCAGUGAGUCUGGGAAGUCCUGUGGCCCCUCAGGACCCCCAGACGGCCCCGGAGUGGAGGGGUCUGACUUCGUGCUGUACGUCAGCGGCAUCACCACAGAGCGCUGCGGACAGGAGAACAUCGUGGCCUACGCUGCCUACUGCCAGCUGGAGGCGGAGCUGGACAGGCCUAUAGCAGGCUACGCCAACCUGUGUCCUGCCAUGAUCUCGUCUCAGCCUCAGGAGUUCGAGGGGAUGCUCUCCACCGUCAAACACGAGAUCAUUCACGCUCUGGGGUUCUCAGCCGGUCUGUUCGCCUUCUACCACGACGACGAGGGGAAACCUCUGACUCCGCGCUUCGCCAGCGGCCUGCCGGCCUUCAACGAGAGCCUGGGCCUGUACCAGUGGAGUGAGGCGGUGAUCAGGAGGGUGAGCAGACUGUGGGACAUCAGAGGAGGAGUGAUGGUGCGACACCAGGUCCACGUCCUGGUCACUCCCCGUGUUGUGGCGGAGGCGAGGAGACAUUUCAACUGUCCCAUCCUGGAGGGGAUGGAGCUGGAGAACCAGGGUGGAACAGGGACUGAGCUGAACCACUGGGAGAAGAGGCUCCUGGAGAAUGAGGCCAUGACGGGCUCCCACACCCAGAACCGUGUGUUUUCUCGGCUGACGCUGGCCAUCAUGGAGGACAGCGGCUGGUACCGGGCCAACUACAGCCUGGCUCAGAGGCUGGACUGGGGCCGCGGCCUCGGCUGUGACUUUGUCAUGAAGAGCUGCAAGUUCUGGAUGGACAGACAGAGACAAAGACGUCACGUUGUGACUCCGUUCUGUGACACGGUCCGAGCUUCUCCUCUGCAGCUCACCUGCAGACAAGACCAGCUCGCUGUGGCCGUGUGUAACCUGCAGAGGUACACACAGGAGCUGCCGCUGGACUACCAGUAUUUUGAGCAGAUCCCUGACGUGGCUCCCGAUCAGCUGUCGUUCUUCGGGGGGGCGGUGGAGAUCGCUGACUUCUGUCCGUUCAGUCAGGAGUUCAGUUGGCACCUGAGUGGAGAAUAUCAGAGGAACUCGUACUGCCGAGUGUCGGAGAACCAGCCAGACUGGUGGAGGAACUACGGAGCGGAGCAGUACGGUCCGGACUCUGUGUGUCUGUACCAGAAGUCAGCGUUCGUCAUGGAGCAGUGCACGAGGAAGAUGACGUAUCCUGACUGGGGCUCCGGAUGCUACAAGGUGUGGUGCUCGGCUCAGGGCCUGACGGUGUUCGUUCAGGAUCGAUCCUUCCUCUGCGUCCGUAAAGCUCAGCUGCUGAGCGUCAGCGUUCGAGUCAACGACUGGGUUUACAACGGCGUCCUGGUCUGUCCCGCCUGCUCCGACUUCUGCUCCGACUGUCCUCUCCCCCACCAGCUCCCGCCCAUCAACACCUCCAGGACUAACCCCAUUGACCCGUGCUCCAGUUCUCCAGGUCUGGCCAUCACACUGUGGCUCCUGCUGCUCAACCUGCUCCCCCUAGUGGCUGGACUGCUGCUGUGCCACUGCAGCUGAUUAACACUGAGGCAGCUGUUCCCUCAUCCUUUCAUUCUUUAUCCAUUUCUUUUUCUCCAUCAUUCCUCCCUCUGGACAUCUUUCAUUCCCUCUUCUCCGAAGCGAGAGGAAGUGUGUGUUCGUCCCUCGGUCAGACGUCUUUGUGCUGAAGCUCCGGUUCUGUUUAUCUUCAGGUUCAUUUCUUCUGCUCGACACGUGCUGACGUUUAGUUUUGGUCCCAAAGCAGAAGUAAUGAACAAUUCACUCCAAGAACCUCAACUUCAACUCCAGGUCAUCGUGCUUCAUAAAUGAAGUUUAAGCUUCGCGUAGCGUGGAGUCGCUGAAGAUCACACGGCUGCGUCCCGUCUCCAGUCACCACAAACCAGGAGGACGUGGAAACGUUUGGACCGAGGGAUUCGCCGCAGUUUAGGUGUGAAACAGUCACACGUGUUCUCAGUGACUUCGAAGCUGAAAGAACUGUCUUCUUCUUCUUCUAAAUGGAACAAUAUAAGGAGUUUAGUGACCCCUGGUGGCAGCAGGAGAUAACGUUCUUUUUCAGUUUACAUGAUCUUUUAGCCAGACAACACGUACUGUAAAUAUAAAUACGGCACUUUGAUGUCUUUUAGAGCCUGGUGGGGUGAAAGAGGCCCAACAGGAUCCCAGCCUCCUCCUGAUGAGUCACAUGAGACUAAAUCUGUCUCUACUUUUGCUAAUAAAGACAAACGGGAUCAAUCUGUGGCAGCUCGGUGGAGACCGGACAUCUGCCGGUGAUUCUUUUAAACGUCAUACAAAGACAACAGCGAUGCUUCUUUAGGUCCUGUCUAAGAUUUUAUUUUACUUUGAAAAAGAACAAACCAAAAUUAUGUCAUUUAAUGUUUGUACAAUGUAGGUUUGUCCAGAUCAUGUUUGUUUUAAUAAUCUGAUGUGACUGAAAGGUAAAGUGGAAAAAUGUGACAAGAUCUGCCCGAGGGAAGUCGCCUCGAUGUAAACAAAGAUGACGACGCGUCUCCACAUCCUCACGUAAAAAUGAAGCUAAAAUAUCUCAGAGACAAACGCUGCCAUCUUGUGGUGAUGGCGUCAUUUACAGUCAGAGUCUGUGCAGUAUAGUGAUUGUGGAGCCGUGGUGUUGAGGUCCCGCCCACACAUGCUCUCAACCAAUCAGGAGUCAGUCUCAGCUGUCAAUCAUGACGUCUCAGCCUGUUUUUAUAUCAUCAAAUAACUUGAACAAACAUCAGAGAGAUAAGAACGACCUGAAA